GCAUGGACUCGGAGCGGGACGCGGCGCGGGCAGCGGCCAAGCUGCGCCGGCGCGUGUACCAGCGCCAGAAGCAGCGCCAGUACCGCAGCCGUGAGUCGUCGGAAGUGGCUUCACUCCGGGCUCUCGUCGCAGAGCUCGAGGUCCAGGUUGACGCGCUCACAACCGAGCUCCGGGCGAACGCACCGACCGAGCUGCCGUGGGUCGACGUGGCAUCUGCGCUCCGGGACGAGGCGUCGCUCACGACGCACAAGAACAAGGCGCUCAAGUCGCAGCUCGAAGAGUACCAAGAUCUGGUUGUUGUCAUGACAACGUGGGUCACGAAGCACGUGCCCAUCCAGAAGGCGAUCACGGCCUCGGCGUACUCGUGGCGCAACGCGACGCUAUUCGCCAACAAAGAGUCGCGCAAGCUCGGUCUCGAUUGGAUCACCAAGCACCUCUACCACAACACGGAGCGCAUGCUCGCGCAUUGCGGGUUCGAGUCCCUGUACGGCACCGACCGCUUUGACGACUUUGCCAUUGAUAUGACCGAUCCCGAGUACUUUGAGUACGCGUGGCGGCACCAGGCCAAGCACAAUGCGCCCUUUGACGCCACGGUGGCGGCCUUCCGCGCCUUUGUCCAGCAUUUUGUGAACGGCGGCGUCUGGUCCAGUGGCACGGGCGAAGCGCUCGAUCCAGAUAUUGUCAAUCAAGUCGCGGCGCAGAUCACGUACACGCGGAUUGCGUCGAGUCCGCGCGAGAGCAUCAACUUUGUCUCGCGCGAGUUUGCGACAUCGACCCAGUGCAUCUUUGUGUGUCAAAACAUUCCGUUCGACGAGACGCAGCCGCUGAACGACGAGCAGUGCAACCGCCGACUCUGGAUCGUGCUCGAUCGCGUGUCCGAGCACGUCACGCACAUCCGCGUCCUCUACAUCAACUCGCACGGCUUCAACCAGCAUGGCCACUUUGACAUGGCGAGGGAAGCAGCGUACUGGGGCUGCGACGUAUCGUCGAUGCCGUCCGAGCCCGACGCAUGGUUCAAGGCGUUCCAAGCUCGGGUGCACAAGGUCGGGCAGUCGUUCAUCGCCCACAACACGUCGCAGAUGGACCUCAUUUUCCAGCAGCAGCGCCAACAACUGCAGCAGUAUCUUCCGUCGUCGUCGUCGAGCCAGAGGACGUCGUCAUAGCACACACCACCAAGUCGUAUAUUCAUCCUUGCUCUAUAAACCGCUCGUGGCUUAACCAAAGUUGAUGCCCUGCGCAAGCGGGAGGUUCUUGCUGUGGUUGAUCGUGCAC